AUGAGCGACUUCGUAGGAGCUGGCACAUACCUGAUCGCUGGGGCGAAGUUUCCAAACAUGUUCAUCCUCCUGAACAAUGGGAACAAGCAAGACGGCACCAAGCUGUCGGCCUGGGACAAUUCCAAAAGCCCAAAUGCGCAUUGGCAGGUCGUCUAUGCCAACGUGGGCAAGACUGGCAAGGAGGAAUACCUGCUUCUCAACAGAGCCAGCGGAACGUACCUGACCGUGAGCGACAAAGGCAAAGAAGUGACCUGCACCACUCAGUCACCCCUCAACGACGUGACUCGCUGGAACAUCAUUCCUUUGCGCAAUGGCACAGGACGGUACUGGAUCGCACCCGUUAGCAACAAGACUCUAGGCUUGCACAUGGCCGGCGGGAAUGGCUCCAAGGGCUCCCAGAUCCACAUUUGGUCUGCGGCUGGAGAUUCCAAUGAGAUGUCGCAGUGGUACUUGUACGCUGUGGAAGGUGUCCCGCAAAAUUUCCCAGACACUGCGAAGGGCAGUCCACCAAAGUGA